UCUGUGAUUGGCUUCUUGGGGCCCGGUCCCGCCGGGCUCUACGCGCGUCAUCGCGUCUUGGAGGCUGCUGCCCCGGAAUCUGAGUGACUGCAGAGGUGCUAUAAAUGCAGGCGCCCCCGCGUUGGCGCCCUCUUGAGCUCCAGGACGCCUGGAUGCCCCAAGCCUGAGGCCGAAGCCGCCAGGACCGUGGGGUAGGGGUUGCUUCAGUGUCUUCAUCUUUCAAUAAAGCUAUUGGUCUUGAUAGAAGUAAACUGCCAUUUCAGAAAAAAACAAGUACCCAGGAGAUAACCAGACCUUUUUGCUUCCUGCUUCUGUAAGCUGCUUAUCGCUCUCACAUCUAAAGAAUGUCUGCUCAGCUUGCUAUAAAGCUAGGUGCGCCCUACAACUUGGUGCCCAGAAUUUGGAGACUGCCUCCUCUGGGUCCGCAUGCGUGAAUAAAAGAACCUCUUCGCUUCCUCUGGCGUUCCAAAUCUUCUGUAACAGUCUAACUCAUGUUGGCAUGGGUGUUUUUGGUCCCUUGCUCGUCAGCCUGGAAAAUCUGUUGAUGCUGGGAUCAAUGUGUGCUGUGAAGGGAAGACUUAUGGGGGACAUCUUUUUCUCCCAACCAGCCCUAUUCUACUUCAGAUGCCACACGGGUAAAACUUGGAAUCUCUAAGGUUGGUGGGUGACUACAGCCCCACACCCCAUACCUUCCGCAUCAGCAGAUGAUGUAUCUUGAGUUCGAUGGGAGUCAGGUUGGGACUGCUAACCACUAGCAAAGGAAAGGAGUGUCAGAUUCACAAUUCAAAUGGUGGCUCAGUUGCACUGAGCACAGGGUUAGGGUCUUUAGAAUUUGAGGAACUCACUGCUCUGUGGUAUAGAAACACUCGUCUCUUCUGUGCUUUACAUGUGCCAACAUGCUGGUUUCUCAGGUUGGAAUUGAUUUCUCUAUGCCUUUCUCAUAGGCCUCAGAUCCUAAGACUAAGACUCUUGGAGAUCUAGCUACCAGGGCAGCACUAUUUUAGGAGAGAGAGCGAGGGGAACAAUCCCUGCAUUCCUGCUAAAGUCUCAGUCUUGGGGAUACUGCCCCUAGAAGCUUGGUUCCUGGCCUAGUGCUGCUUGGGGAUCAGCUCUCAGCCACCAUCAAGGCAGAAGCUAUAGGGACCUGUCCCAGGUCCGGGCUACCCUAUCCCUCAUCUGUGCCCCUUUAGAGAAGGAGAGUAAGCUAGGUAUUGUAGAAUCCCAGUGGGCCCUGGACCGGGGCUGUGAUUGGCUUGAGUUGGACAAUGCCACUGUGAUGUCAGCCCACUCCCACUGUGAAAUGGAGGCUCCUCAGCCCCAGGGGUCAGGAGCUGCCAUCUAGACACAGAUCAUGGUGAGCCCAAGACCCUCUUGCCUUUGGCCCUUUGAUUUGUGUCUAACUCCAGAGCUGGACCCCAAUUCUCACACUGAGAAAGGUUGCACAGUGGGUUACAAGCUCCCAAAUGGAACAAGAGAACCAUUCAGAGGACUCUGGCCAAGAAUAACUAGGCCAAGGCCAGCUUCUCCAGCUGGGAAUUAAUAUUCUAGGGUCUUGACCCUCACAGCUGCCCCUUCAAGUGGGCAACCCUCCACUUGGGUCUCUCAUGUGGCCCACCUUGCCACCCAAAGCUUGCUGGGGUCUCCCUCUGGGCUUAUGGAGUGGGUGACCAGAUCCUGGUCCCAUCCAGGCCCUGAUGUUGGCCUGGCCUUUUCAGAGCGGUGGAUAUGAUCUCAACCUCUUCACCAGCCCUCCUGACAGCAAUUUUCUGUGCUCUGUCUGCCAUGGGGUUCUCAAGAGGCCAGUGAGGUUGCCAUGCAGCCACAUCUUCUGCAAGACGUGCAUCCACCGGUGGCUAGCCAGACAAAAGACUUGUCCGUGCUGCAGGAAAGAGGUGAAACGAAGAAAGAUGGUCCAUGUGAAUAAACUCCGAAAGACCAUUGGCCACCUGGAAGUUAAGUGCAAGAAUGCCGAAGCUGGCUGCUUGGUGAGGUGCCCCCUGGCCCAUCGCAAGGGGCACCAGAACUCAUGCCCUUUCGAACUAAUGGUCUGUCCCAACGAGGGCUGCAUGGCACGAAUGGCACGUGGGGCCCUGGCCGAGCACCAGCAGCACUGCCAGCAUGGUACCCAGAAGCUCUGCCCCCAGAGCUGCGGGGUGACCCUGGACCCCACUGAAUGUGUAUGCCACAACUGCCACGGAGAACUGCGUGAAGCCUGGGGCCAGCGCCAGGAGCGCAGCCAGACCCUGGUGCUGUGCCUGCUACAGCACGUGCGCAAGGUGCAUCGCACGACCAGCCUCAUCCGCCAGCAGUUGGCCCAGCUAGGAAGCUUCCUGGAGGAGGAUGCACUGCUUCUUGGCAACUGGCGAGAGGAUGCCCAGGUUACCACAGAAGGCAGCACUGGGGCUGAGAUGUGUGGGGUCCAGAGCCAGAGUACCUUGUAA